GCUCAAAAUUGAACAGAUACGUAUCGAAACACUCCAAUUUCUUCCUUGAAAAUGUUUACGGGAGAAUUUCGUUACUGUUCCACUGUGGUUCUAUUCUGUCGUGAUCGAACCAUAGAACAUCAUUGUGUGAUAACUGAUAAGAAAUAAUUGUUUAUCUUUCGUUACGUUGGGACUCGGGCUUUAAAUGUUUGAAACCGCGGUGGUGAUAACAUUAAUUGUAAAAUUACAUUUUUGAUUUUUACUUUGAAGUCUGCUCAUCGUUGUUUCUGUUCACUUUACGCAAUCGGAUUGUAUAAAAUAUGCAUUAGAUAGUUACAUUUAUAAUUGUGUAUUCAAUAUUAUGUUGAUAAGUAACUCUGGUUUAUCUUAGACCAUGUUUUAUUGAAUUUUUUUCCGUCAAUUUCGCUCCGUAGAAAACAAAGAAAUAUACAACUAUGUCAUCAAGCAAUAAUGAUGCAGAUUUAAAAUCUAGACUGGCACAAUUUGGUAUACAUAGUCCAAUUACAAAGACAACUAGAGCUGUUCUGCAUAAAAAACUUUUAAAAUUAGAAAUGGAUUCUAAAAAGGAGCAAAAGAAUGAAUCGAUUAAACUUGGCUGCGAAUCAAUGGUUCUUGAACAUUGAUAUGACUGACACAAAUGACCAAUUUUUAGUUGAAGAUGAUGAAAUAUUAGCGGCUAUAUUAGAAGAAAGUUUAAGACAUUACAAUGAAGUGGAAGUACCGUUACGGUCUAUUGUUGCUAAUGAAGUAUCUCCUGCAAAGUCUAUUAUUGAGGAUGAACUACCGCCUUUACAGUACGAAGCACCACAGCAGUCUAAUGGCUCGAAUUCUGUACCUAAAUUAAGCAGGGAUGCACCACCAGUAGUAAUAGACCUGUGCCAAUCACCCAAAAAAUGUACAACUGUUCAAAGUAGAUUAUCACAUUUUUUUACAAGACCUAAAAGUGAUAAAAUAUGUAAUAAGGAAGAAACUAAUAGUGAACUAGAAAAUCAAACUGACGAAUUAUGUAUUGAAAUGAAUUCAUCACCAGUACAGAAUAAUGUCAGCAUUAGCAGUUCACCAGCAAUUUUCUAUAAAGAACCGGAUGCAAAUGGGUUUCAUUUAUCAUCUGGUUCACAUUAUGUGUACCCCUCAAAUUUUCCAGUCAGAGAAUAUCAAAUGGGAAUCAUCAAAACAGCUUUAUUUCAUAAUACUCUUGUCAGCUUGCCUACAGGCAUGGGAAAAACAUUCAUAGCUGCUGUAGUCAUGUACAACUUUUACCGAUGGUAUCCAAUGGGUAAAAUUAUAUUUAUGGCUCCAACAAGACCAUUAGUUGCUCAACAAAUUGAAGCUUGUCACUCGAUAAUGGGUAUUCCUAGAGAAAUGACAUUUGAAAUGACUGGUAGUAUUGCACCAGAACAAAGAUAUUUAGCUUGGAAUAAAUACAGAGUCUUUUUUCUUACACCUCAAGUUCUGGCCAAUGAUUUGAGCCUAAAUAAAUGUCCAUCAGAUACAUUCAGAUGUAUUAUUGUAGAUGAAGCACAUCGAGCUACCAAAGAUUAUGCUUAUGUUCAGGUCUUAAAGCGUUUAGCUGAAGAAAACCGAGUUAUAAGAAUUGUUGGAUUAUCAGCUACUCCUGGAACUAAUAUAGAAGCGGUAACUGAGGUCAUACAAAAUCUAAGCAUAUCAAAGUUAGAGUUCAGAACUAAUGAAUCUCCUGAUGUGGUAAAAUAUACAAAUAAAAAGGAUGUUGAAUGCAUACCAGUGAAACUUACAAAUACUAUUUUGAAUAUACGCACUCAAUUUUUAAUGAUUUAUGAUAAAUACUUAAGACGUUUAAAACAGUACCAUGCCCUUAAUGGAAACGUGGCUAAUCUAACAAAAUUUCAAAUAUUCACCGCCAAACAAAAAUUUUUAACCAGUAAUAAUGCCCGUGAUAUGCCCAAAUCUCUUAUUGGAAGUUUAAUAAAUGAUUUUACCAUAUGCAUGUCGCUGGCAUAUGCUUUAGAGUUAUUGACAAUUUAUGGUGUCAAAGUAUUUUAUUUACAAUCAUUAGAAAUGAAAGAAAAUCAUAAAUGUUUAUCAAAUGAUGCUGAUUUUCAAAAUCUCUUGAAUGGUAUUAACAAAGAAUUAAAUUCUCAGGACUUGACUUGGAGUCACCCCAAACUAUUUGAAUUGAAAAAAAUUGUUCAAAACUAUUUUGGUAAUGAAAAUGUAGAAGCAAGUAGUAAGAUAAUAAUAUUCUGCCAGUAUCGGUUGGUUGUAGUAGAAGUAUUUGAACUUUUAAAAACAUUUGGUUCAUCUGUAAAACCGGUCAUGUUUGUUGGGCAAUCCGAUAAAGUAAAAGGUGGUCUGCCGCAAAAAAAACAAUUGGAGGUGAUGAGUCGGUUUAAGAGUGGAGAUUUCAAUGUAUUAAUUGCUACAAGUGUAGCUGAAGAAGGCCUAGAUAUUGGAGAUGUUGACCUGAUCAUAUGCUUGGAAGCCAACAAAUCUCCAAUAAAAUUUGUACAACGACUGGGUCGAACUGGACGUAAACGUUCAGGCAAAUGUAUUACUUUACUGACUGAAGGAAAAGAACAAAUUAAAUACAAUUCUAGUGUUUCUUCGAGUAAAACACUUGUAAUGAAAAUGUUAAAAAACAAAACAAUACUUUCUAAGUUGGCUCCUGAAGGACCAAGGUUGGUGCCAAAACAUAUCCAUCCACAACGUUUAAUGAUUCAUGUAAAAGCACCAGAAAAACUUUUUCCGGAAAAGAAAAAACCAAAAGGCAAGAGAAAAGCAAUUGAUAAUAUCAUGCGAUAUGUAGAACCUAAUGAUGGCCAAAAUGAAGUAGAUGAAGAUGGAGAAGACGGACUCGAUGUUUUCCAAAAUAAUAUAGAUAAACCGAAAAAAAGAUCAAAAAAACGAAAAACCGUUGAAUUUGAUACAAACGAAAAUGACUGUUCAGAAAUCGGACCGUCCAAACAAAAAAAUACCGACCUAGAUUGCGAACAUAAUUUAAAUGAUAACUAUUAUGAUGCAUCUGAAAUCAAUGCACAUGAUGUAACCGAAAGGACUUUGGACCACUUCGUCGACGAGGAAAAAGUGUUUAACGAAUGGCUUCAGUCAUGUAUGAGGGCCAAUACCGUAGUGUUGAACAGCAAGUUUACGGAACUGUUAAAUUUUUUUACUGAUAGUGGCCCAUGUGAUACUGAAUUUUUCAAUGGCAAACCGAUGGAUGGCAUGUUUAUUGGGCAGACUGACGUUGGUAAAAUACUUGAAGGUCCGUCGGUUAGUGAAGGGUGCACGGUCCACACGAACGAUCAGCCGAUGAGAAAUGCCAAUAAUUUGUUCCGAUUACGCGAUGAUGUACGACUAGGUGGUUCACAAGUGGCAAGCACAUCUACAGCUCAUGAAAUCAAUGACUUCACGGACAAUUCAAACCCCGAAGAUAUGUUCGAUGGGCACACUGACUACUCGACUUUCAUGCGACCGAUCGGUAUACGAACGUCUGCAAUUUGUGGUGGCAGUCACGAAACGAAACUCGAACAAAACAGCCGUACGGGAAAAUGUAAUUUCAACGACCUGUUCAAAAGCCCACUGGCUGACGAGUACACCAAUGAUUUCAUGGAUAGGAAUACGAGUUUCCCUGUACGCCCAUCCUCUGUAGAUGACUUCAAUGUCGGCGACGACGACCACAGUUCUCCAGCUGAUAUCAUGGCCGGAGCUAUAGAACGGGACGACGACCAAGACGAAGACGAUGAAGUCAUACGAAAUCUUGAUUUCGAAGAACUAUUCAAGAGCCAGAGAGCCGACAGGUUAAUCGAGAAGUACAGCGAAGAAAUUGCAGCUGAACGACCCAAAGUUGAUCUAGCGGUCGUUUGUAAUGGUGGUGGCAAAAAAGCCGAAAUGUGCCAUGAGGGAAAAAUGAACAACGAAGUAUUGUUCGAGAGUAGUCAAAAAUCCGACGGGUCUAUCGAAGACUUGGUAAGCGACACGGGAUCCCGAGUUCGGCCGUCGAAUGCAGGUAACUACGUUAUACCCGACGAUAACGACGACGAUGACCAGGACAACGACGAAAUCAUGGGAAAAAUUGAUUUCGAAAAACUGUACAAGAUUCCGAGAUCCGAUAACUGUAUAGAAAAAGAAACCGGAUUACAAAACAUCAAUCGAUCGAUCGCCAAUGGUGGUCGGAAGAGUCCUGUCAUGUGUGGUGGUGGGAAAAAGGUAUUGACAUCCGGCCACCUGUCGAUCGGAAAGAUGGACUUCAGUGCAUUGUACAAGAACCAAAGGUCCGAUGGGUACAUUGAAGACUUCAUGGUGAGAAACGCUGGACCCCGAGCCGGUCAGUUGAAUGCAGUCGAUCGCGUCUUACUCCACAUCGAUGAAGACCAGAAUAAAAGCGACGAAGUGAUGGGAAAUAUUGAUUCCAAAAAACUUUUCAAAGGUCAAAGGGCUGCCAAGUGUAUGAAAAAGAAUGAAAGUGACAAAAUAUCCGCCAAACAAUCGAACGUCAGUCGAUCGAUUGUAAAGGGUGGACGGAGAAGUCCCAUCGUAUGUGGUGGAGCGUCGGAGAAACUGAUCAAGAGCCAACGGGCGUACGAGUACACAGAAGACUACGCGGAUAAGACCUUAGCAGAAAAGGUCGGGGUGGCGGAUGGUUUGCCGAGCUGGGAUGUUAGGGUUAACGACGACGAUGACGACGACGUUAUUUCCAUAAACAGUUCUCAAGAAUUUUUCAGUUGCAGACUGCCAAAGAAGACCACCCAGACGAAACUGACGGAUCAUGUUCGUGCCGACCGCCCCAUCGAUAUCAUCGACUUAUCAUCGCCGCCACCAAAAUCGUCAUGUACCGCGGUCGCGGCCACAUCCGCCAUCAGUCUGCCGAUUGUAGAAGACAGAAUUCCGACCGGCAGUGUCUCGGCCUCACAUGUUGGCGGCAGUGGUCUGUUGCAGACAUACGACGAUGAUGACAUGGAUUUUAUGUUCAUCGAUUACAAUAGUGACGGUGAUGCUGCUGUUGAUGUUUUUACGCAGAAAGACCGGGACGGCUGUGAUUCAGACGUUUUCACGCAGAAACAGCCGGAUUGCUGUGAUGCAGAUGUUUUUACGCAAAAAUGCCGGGACAGUGGUGAUGAGGACUUUUUCACUCGGAAGAAACAGGGCGGCAGCGAAACGAAGGCGGCGGUCAGUCUACCGUUAUCCCCUGUCGCUUCUGCAGCGAAAUCAUCGCUUAAGGGUGACGUGGCGAAGCGUGCCUGCAACCCCACACAAUCAUACGACAACGGUAUGAUGCCAUUCAACAUCAUGAAAGCUGCACGUCUUGUUGAUUUGCUGAAGCCGGGCUUGAGCAUGAAGAGGAACAUGACGGCGGUAUCUAAACGAAAAGUCGACAACAGCUUGCCGGUGGCUACGCUGAAAGGACAAGUAGACAAAGGCUCCUCAUCGGGGGCGUUCAAACGACAAGUCAAUAACUCCUCGCCGGUGUCUGCGCUAAAACGACAAGUCGACAACUCCUCGCCGGUGGCUACGCUUAGACGACAAGUCGACAAAGGCUCUUCGUCGGGGGCGUUCAAACGACAAGUCAAUAAUGCCUCACCGGUGUCCAUGUCCAAACGACAGGUUGAAAACUGCUCACCGGUGGCUGGGAUCAAACAACAGUUCGACAACGGCUCGAUGGCAGCGUUGAUGUUGAAAAGAAAAGUCGCCAACUGCCGAAGUCCAGCCGACGACAUGUCGCCCAUACGUCCUCCGAACGGCCAACGGCGGCGUCCUCAGUUUUCACAGUCUACUCCUAAAGUUCCCGUGCACUCGAAACAACGACAACGAGAAACCGUCACCACCGCUGCCACCACAGUCCCCACCUCCAAAAAGGUAAACUCUCUGUUGACGUCCAGUAGCGACUCUGACGCUUUCAUCGGCUACGGGUGCACAGAAAAGACGACCAGCACUUGCCGCCGAGUCAAGAAAAAACGCCGAAGGAGACCGAAAAAGAAACUCUUGUUCAUCGAUGACGAAGCUGAUGUCAGCAAUUGCUACGGCGACGGUACCAACCUCAGUGAGACUAGCUCCGACAACGACGAAGGCGACGAAGACGAAAACGAUUUCGAUUCCAGUUUCAUCGAUGAUGAUCAUGAAAAGUCCGAUCCGUCGAAGAGUAUGACUAAACAAUAUUUGCAAUCGGUGAAGAGCCAGGCCGCCACUCUCGGAGUUUUCAAGAUACCUCAGCUAACAAGACAGCAUUUCAACAUUGACGUUUACUCACAGAUGGGCGAUAGGAUCAUGGAUGAUAACUACGAAGAGGAUUCGUUUUGUGUGGACGACGCGUCGGACCUGAACAGCACGUUUUCGACGACCAACACGAGCGAGCAUCGAACGUCGGACGAACGGCCGUCAAAGCCGUCGCCGUCACGGAAGCGGAAGCGCAUAAUAAUGUCGCCGCGGAGUACGGACAGCAGCGACGAAAGCCCACGACGCAAGUUCCGCCGGAAGCGAGGCAGGGUGAAGACUUCGCUGGACUUCAGUUGAUCACCGCGGCCCGCAGCCGACGGAUUUCGGAUGUAACUCUUUCGGUGGUCCAUCUAUCUGUUAAUAUUUGUUUUUUUCGCUCACUUUUAUACGUAGCGUUUUUUUUUAUUGUACUGUUUGCCGCCCCGCCGACUUUUGCAGAAACGUGAUACUAGUCUGUGAUCUCGUAAUGCUGUGUACCUACGCACGACAGGUCACAGGUGUGACUGACUGCGUGUGGCCAUCGGUUGGUUAUUUAUUUUUUUUGCAGUUCAACUGCACAUACCUCCUAUAUUAUUAUAUUACUCUUAUAUAUUAUACCUAAAUAAAUGUUUGUUUGUUUUUUACAUUUUUAUAUACAUAUUUAACUGUUAAAUAUUUAUUUGUGAUAACCAACAGAAUAAUGAAAACGGAUACCUGUACUUGACGUUUUGAUCCCAGUUUUAAUGUGAUAAUAAAAAUUAACUUUUAAAAUAAUAA